GUGGUUAUUUUUCUUUUGGUGAAAAAAAAAUGAAACAAGUUUGAAUUUUUUGAAAUGGAAGAAAUUUACAACGUUUUACGAUACCUUUUAUUUAAAUUCUAAAUUUCAUUGCUCCUAAGUCCAAAUUCCAAAGGUCGAAAUCGAAACGAAACCUGCUGUAUGUGCUUCGGGCUCGAAGGUCGAGACCAGUCUUUCCUUGGUUGAGACAAGUUGAGAUCUUUUCCAAAAAUCCAACUGAAACGCUGGUCACUGGUGGCAUCGCCUGAAGACAUUGUAUUUUUGUAUCAUCAAAAGAUACAAUCAAUCAAUUUCAAUUCAGUUUGUAUCGUGAAUUUCAUAUUCCUCUAAUUUCGCACGAUGUGGUCUGAAUCGAGCUCCAAAAACCAAGACCCAACACAAAAUGUCAAAACUCUCGACAUGAUGAAAUCGUCCGUCAGUCUUGCACAGCCAGAACCCAUCGAUCUACAGCAGACUAAGGAAUUGGAGAUUGCUUUAACCGAAUUCGAUGUGAUCGCAUCUGACGAAGAGUUAAAUUAUAGAGAAGGAGUCUUGAGUAAAUUGAACGAGAUGGUCAAAGAAUGGAUCUUCGAGAUAUGCUUAGCUCACGAUGUACCUCAAGAAGUAGCCGAACAAGUUGGUGGAAAGAUCUACUCCUCUGGAUUGUAUAGAUUGGGAGUUCAUCAGAGAGGCGAUCGUAUCGAAGCUGUAUGCGUAGCUCCUCGUCUUAUCGAUAGAUCUUAUUAUUUUUCAACGUUCUAUGAAAAAUUGAAAAACCGUCCGGAAAUAAAAGAAUUGAGAGCUAUCGAAGAAACGUUCGUGCCGGUUUUAAAAAUGAAUUUCGAUGGAAUAGACGUCAGUUUAUCGUUCGCUAGAUUAGCAUUGAAAGAAAUUCCGGAUACGUUGGAUUUAAGCGAUGAUAUGAUACUGAAGAAUUUAGAUCCACGAUGUAUUCGUAGUCUACACGAAUGUCGAAUGAGCGAUGAAAUUUUAAGAUUGGUUCCCAACGUCGAAACUUUCAGAUUGGCUCUUCAUGUCAUCAAAUUAUGGGCGAAACAACACGGAAUUUAUUCGAACGUAUUAGGAUAUUUUGGUGGUAUUUCUUGGGCCAUAUUAGUUGCAAAAACAUGUCAGCUGUAUCCAAACGCUGUAGCAUCAACCAUAAUUCAAAAGUUUUUCUCAGUAUUUUCUCAAUGGAAUUGGCCGGAUCCUGUUUCAUUGAAACGACCAACCAAAUGUAAUUCAAAUUUACCAGUGUGGAAUUCUGGAUAUAAUAUGCCAGAUCAAGCCAAGUUGAUACCGAUCAUAUCGCCGACUUAUCCUCAUCGAAAUUCUACUUUCAACGUUUCAAGAUCUACUUUUAAGAUUGUAGUGGAUGAAUUGCGAACUGGAUUUCGUAUAUCUGAGGCAAUCAUGCGCGGAAGAGCUAACUGGCAAAUGUUAUUCGAAAAACCAAAUUUUUUCGCCAAAUACAAACAUUUAAUGUUUUUAAUAGCAUCGUCGAGUACGAAUGAUGAACAUCUCGAAUGGCGCGGUUUGAUCGAAGCGAAAGUUUGGCAUUUAGUCACUUUUUUAGAGAGGAAUCCGGGCGUAUGUAAGGUACACGUGAAUCCCGAAAUAUUCGAAUUGACAACAGACUACUUUAAAAAUAAUGGAUCCGAUUCGCCGAAAGAAAAUGAUCAAGUUGAGCAGAAACCGAAUUCGAUGUGGGUCCUUGGAUUGGAAUUCAAUGAAGUUAAAGGGACCAGUCUCAAUCUAACUCCGGAAAUACAGGAUUUUACAAAUGCUGUUAUGAGACACGCUAAUGGAAUCAAGAUGUACAGAGAAACGAUGAAAAUCGUAGCUAAAUACUCUCGUAGGAAGAAUUUGAAUGAUUACUUGCCAAUUAACAUCAUUAGACGUGAUCGACCGGAAAAUUUGAUAUUAGCUCCAAUAAUCAAGGAUGCCACCCCAGUUGUGAAAGUGAAACCGAUAAGAAAAUCAGAUACAUCGAUUGAUGAAGCGAGCGGCCCCAAAACGAAGGUCUUCCGUGAACAAUAGG